UUCAUCACACGACUCCACUCAAAAAAAAAAAGGUUCAUCACACGACCGGAGAUAAACACGCCCAACCCGCCCGCCGCCGCCGUCGCGGCGUCAUGCUCCACCUCCGGCAGCGCGUCCUCUCCCAUCUCGUCUUCGCCGCGCCCUCUCCUUCCACCUCCCCACUCCUCUCUCUCCAGCGCCUCCUCUCCACGGCCGCUGACCCCCGCAUUUCUCCGAACCCUAGCUUCGCCGUGGAGGAGUACCACGUCUCCUCCUGCGGCCUGACCUGUGCCCAGGCACUCAAGGCCUCCGCCGAGCUCUCCCACCUCAAGUCCCCCGCCAACCCCGAUGCCGUUCUCGCCUUCCUCGCCGGCCUCGGCCUCUCCGGCGCCGAUGUGGCGGCCCUCGUCGCCAAGGAUCCGCGGUUCCUCUGCGCCGGCGUGGAGAGAACUCUGGGCCCUGUCGUCGCGGGGCUCGCCGGCCUCGGCCUGUCAAAAGCUGAGAUUGUGCGCCUCGUCUCGCUCGCCCCCGGCUACUUCCGCUGCAGAUCCGUCGUCUCCAAGCUAGAGUACUACCUACCGCUCUUCGGCUGCAUCGAGAACUUGGUCCGGCCGCUCAAACACGGCUGUUCAUCCGGCUUCCUCGGCUCUGACCUCGAGAGGGUGGUCAAGCCAAAUGUCAAUCUCCUAGCAGAGUGCGGGCUAGGUGCUUGUGAUAUUGCCAAGCUGUUCAUCCGUGCGCCGUGGAUACUUAGUGCCAAACCAGGGCGUGUCCUGGAGAUGGUUGCAUCUGCCGAAGGUAUAGGUGUGUCCCCUGGCUCUGGAAUGUUCAGGCAAGUGCUGCAUCCUGUCGCAUAUCUCAGCGAGGAGGAGAUUGCCGCCAAAGUGGAACAGUUGAAGAAGACAUUAAGGUGGUCAGAUGCCGAGGUCCGCGUUGCUGUGCCCAAGUUUCCGGCUGUGCUGACGCGGUCAAAGGACAUGCUGCAGCUCAAGUCCGAUUUCCUCAUCUCUAAGGUGGGGUUGGAACCGGCGUACAUUGCUCACCGGCCGGUAAUGCUCGGUCUUAGCCUGGAGGGCCGGCUCAAGCCCCGGUACUAUGUUAUGCGAUUUCUUAAGGAAAAUGCAUUGCUAAAUCAUGACAGAGGCUACUACAAAAUCGUCAUGGUCAGUGAGAAGGUAUUUGUGGAGAAGUUCAUAUGCCCUCACAAGCAAGCUGCACCACACAUUGCUGAAGACUAUGCAGCCGCUUGCAUAGGGGAGGUUCCUGCUAGAUUCAGAUUUACAUGAACCAAGAACAGGCUAUGAAAAUUGGUAGCUGCGUGUGCAACAACAGAAUUUCCACUCAUCGUAUUAAGCUGGUAAUUCAUGAUUAGGUGUUCUUUUCAUGACUGAAUUUUGGUUUUGUUGUGGCCAAUGCUUGACAUUACUGAUAACUUGAUUUCUGAACCCCAAUAUGUUGAUAACUAAGAAAGUCUGACAUCAGGGCAGUCUGCAAAUGCUUUCAAGUAUUAAUGAAGAGGUUCUCAAUAUGGCCAUGAAGAUGAUACGAAGUCCCAAAAUUUGUUGAACUUUUUUGCGGGAAUAAUUCUGCAGUUGUUGAUGCCACAACAUUUUGAUAACUGCUGAGGGUGCAGUUUUGAUAUAGUCUGUUGGUUGCUUCCUCUAGUUCUUCAACUUAGCUGGAUGUCUUCAUUCUUCAUGCAGUAGCUUUGUUUAUAAAAUAUUAACUGUUGUAAAAGCAGGUCAUUGUUUUCUAGUAAUUUGUAUCAGUUUUUUGCUUUAUUGUUCUCUUAUAUUCUUGGAUGGCUUACUGGCUGAUGACACUUUUUCUGGGAGCAUCUGAUGCCAAAACUGAAUAAUAGUUAGACCACAAUGGGACGGAGGGAGUAAUAGUUAGACAAUGACAUUCUUAAAUUUGUUAAUUCAUUGUUGUGAACAAUUUAAUUAUGUAAUAUAAUAUAUCUGCUAGAUGCCCAAAUUUUCCGGACCCAUACAUAGUUUUUGUUGGACGGGAGUAGUUUUAUUUUCAUGCUAUCUCUGCCAUCUUAUGUCAUGCAUGGCCUUUUGAAUAGUUUCUGUUAUGAAUAGUUUUCGUUGGCCAUCUGCACAUAAUAUUCAGACAGGCUCUAUAAGUAUGUGGUAUUUCGUUCUGGUAUCCAUUGUGCAUUAUCUUCAUGAUCACUGCAUGAUAAUUGUACCCUUCCAUAAGCAAUUUUGGUCCAGAGCUAAUGAUAUCUUUGUGCGUUUGUACUUGAGUCUGUUUUACAGUUAAUCAAAGUAUCUAGCUGAAAGUUAUAUCCAUGAACCUUGGAGCAAAUUGUCUGAAUGUCCAAUGUCAAAUUGAUUUCCCCAUAGCCUUCGUCCAAACUAUGCUGCAUGGUGAUGGGUAGGUUGGUGGAUGGUGACAAUUUUCUUUGUUUGAUUGUGCUGUUACCGUACGACCUUCUCAUGGUAUGAUGUGCGCUUCGUUGAUAGCUUGUGGUUUCCUCCUAUGUACCAGAUCAGAUUUUGUUGAUAAAGCUGAUUUUCCUGAGCCUAUAAUCCUGACUCUGAUUCGUCA